AUGCGCGCCACAUCAGAGGCAUUCAUCAAAGCCUGGGAGACAUGGUCGAUUGAGCCCGUAAUGGCAAUGCGCGCACCCGAUUGCAAGCAGACCAUGUAUCCAAAGAACGUUGGUUUCGCUGCGAGAACGAACGAGGAGUUCCGGACCUAUUUCAAGAGCCUAGACGGUGUCUUCAGCAAUGCAAGGAUGACCAUAGAUGACUACUUGGCUGUCAACACCGAAAAAAAAGCGGUCGUUCGAUCGACUAUGCGAGCGGAUGCGCCUUGGGGACUGUUUGAGAAUGAGUACGUAUGGUACCUCACCUUCACUGAGGAUGGUCGGCUUAUCACGGAGAUCGUGGAGUUCAUCGACAGCUUAUCGACCCAGGAAGUGCGGGCAAAGCUGCAGAAGUAUCGUGAAAAGACUGGUGAAAGUCAUUGA